AUGUACUUGGUAAUUGAAAAGAUCCUGGGAGCUGUGGAUGGGUCCUCUGGUGCGAAAUUCCGUAUUUCCCUGGGUCUUCCGGUGGGAGCCGUGAUCAACUAUGCUGACAACACAAGAGCCAAAAAUCUGUAUAUCAUAUCUGUGAAGGGGAUCAAGGGACCACUGAACAGACUUCCUACUGCUGACGUGGGUGACAUGCUGAUGGCCAUAGUCAAGAAAGGCAAACCAGAGCUCAGAAAUGUUGUGACGCUUUUCAGUGGGAUUCAACAACAAAAAUCAUACCGAAGAACAUAUCGUGUGUUUCAUUAUUGUGAAGAUAAUGCAGGGGUCAUAGUAGACAAUAAAGGUGAGAUUAAAGGUUGUGCCAUCACAGGACCAGUUGCAAAGGAGUGUGUAGACUUGUGGCCCAGGAUUGUGUCUAAUGCUGGCAGCAUUGUGUGA